AUGUUUGCUCAAAAACUGUCAAUGACAUUCAUGAACGCUUUCUGGUGGCCUACACUCGUUUGGCUGUGUUUACUGUCCGCUAUCGUGGCCAGGGAUGGCGAACAAAUUUGCAACAGCAUAACUAUAAUGAACUCCGGUGAACGUCUAGCGUCUUUGAAAAACUGCACCGUCAUCAAAGGCCACCUGCAAAUCAUCCUAAUGGACAACACCAAACCUGAGGACUUCGAGGACACUUACCCCCUACGCGAGAUUACUGAGUACAUGGUCGUGUACCGCGUCACUGGUCUUAUCAACUUAGGCAGGAUGUUCCCGAACCUGUCGCUGAUCCGCGGCAUCCACACAUCCACGUUCCCCGGUCGGUCUCUGAUGAUUCACGAUAACAUUGACAUUAGGGAGAUCGGACUUUUCCGGUUGACCAACAUUACUCAGGGUUCUGUCAUUAUUUCCAGUAACCCCAGUGAGUCUUAUUUUGUUUACAUGUUAAUACCGUUUACGUCGUCGAUCUAACGUAUUAUAUUAAUUUUUCAACCAUGUAGGUAUACUAUGUGUAAUUUUACUUACUACUUCGAGUAGAUUAAAUACAUUUUGUUACUAUUCGUAAUUUUAAAUAAUUUAUAUAAUAUCACGAUUAUUUUCAUGAAAUCAAAAAUGUCAAACGUCGUGAACUAGUGUCGUAGGUAUAGUGUUAAUAUGUAUGUAAAUCUCGAAAUAUAUCCAACGAGUUUUUUAUACACAUUUUAUCUGCAUUCAAAAUUAUCUCUAAUAAUUAUAAAAGUGCUUAGGUAUUUUGAUUCUCUUGUAAGAAAAAAAAAUACUCCCUUAAACCAACUUAAAUUUCUUCAGUAGUAUAUUUGUGAAAAAAAAAAUACAUUGUGUUUUAACCAAUAGAUUCUUCGAUAUUUUAACACUUUGAACGAGGUACAAUAUGACAAAUCAUUUUAAAACAAAAUAAAGCAUUCUUUUAAUAUUUUUGAACACAUAACUUACGAUUCUAUGAAAUAUGAUAAGAAUAAUUAUGAGCAUAUGUAUAACAAAGCUGUAGAUGUAAAUGGUUGCGCAUUGAUUACGUACUAAGAACGUGAUAAUGAGCCAUGAUUAAGUGGCAACAAAAAGUUCUUAUCACGAUUAUAUAUAUAUACGGCGGUGUAUGAACAAAUAGGACCCAGGUCAUUUAGAUCCCAACCAUAACUUUGGUAACAGUAUGGAUCUAGUUGUCUUGGGAUCAAAUUAUAGUGUCUUGAUCUAAAAGUCCAGAUAUCCCAAUGUUAUCAGUAGGUAUAUGCAGCUAUCAUAAUUGCUAGUAUGUCGUUGGUAUAUAGAUAAAUAUUUUUUUGAACUUUCAAAUAAUAAACCCCUUCACAAUAAUUUUAACAAUAUGCACUUGACAGAACCUCGAAUUAAGUGUUUUUUAAGUGCCACAAUGUAUUAUAUUGUUAUGAAGUUGGAAGAAUAAUAAUCCCAUAAAUGGUAAAUUGGAUAUUGAUUUUAUGCAUAUCCGAUUGUUUGGAAAAAUAUUCUCUUUUCAAAUUUGUGUGAUAAGGUAGGGAAGUUGUCAAAUUUUUAAUAAUAAACCACAAACUGAAAUAGCUUAUUGGUAAUGGCGAACAUAAUAGAUAGGUAAGUAAGUAGAUAGGUAAUUUUAAAUUAAUUAUACCUAAUUGACCUACACAAAUGAUACUUCACUACUCUCCUUCUCCUACCCAAACUUAAAAGUGAAAUAUCUCGUCAACAGGUUGGUGGAAAUUAAAAACUUGCAAAAAACAUUAAAAUGUAUUUAUUAUAUUAAUUAUUUAAAUUGUUUGACCACUAUAAAUAAGGAUAAUAAAAAAUAACGGUAAUGUAAAAUGUUGAGCUUUUAUUUUCAGUGUCAAUUAAAAAAAAAUAAUACAUAAAUUCUAAAAAAAAAUUAUAUUUUCCAUAGUUAUAAAAAGAGUUUUGUCAAAGAUUGAUCAUUCAUUCAAUAAUACAAAACGUUUUAGAAUAAGGAACCGGGAAAAAAUGUGAGAAAGAUGGAAAAGAGUAGGAUAACUGGGAAAAUCGGUAAAACACUAAACAAAUAUUAUUAAAGAAAAUAUAUAAUGCCUAUUUAAUUAUUUUACCAUAAUAUGAUAUAUAUAUUGUUGACAAAGCAUCACUAUCAACUGAACUGCGCUCAGAAUCGUUUUUUUGUUAACAAUGGUUAAUCGUUACAGAUAUACAUUAAAUUACUAAUAUAAGUGACUGCACUCGUCCCCAUUAUCCUACGACAGCUUUUUUUAUUUAUCUUUAGAGCUGUGACGUGAACAAAUUAAUCACAAUAUGCCAGUUACAUUAUUAAUACUAUUUUUUUAGAACAAAUUAGUGAGUAUAUGAAAAAUAAAAAAUAAAAUAUUGGGUAUGGAUGCUGUAACUAUUGUAAGAUCUUUAUUGGGGAAGGUGAGAUACACAGAGUUAUUCAAUUUAUACCUGUAACUAACAAUAAACUAUUGAUAACGAGAAACGAUUAAGAGCGAAAGUUUGUUAAUACAUGUUUUGAACGGCCGUAAUAUUUACGAUUGUCGUCAAAAUUAGAUUUAAAACUCUUAUAAAAAAAAUAUACUACAUUAAACUAAUUUUUUUUUUUUAUCAUUAACUACGACUUAUAAUGAACCUUCUAUCAAAGUUUCAAGCAUUUCUAUGAAGUCUAACAAUUUAUCUACAGAGUGUCACCGAGUAAAAAUUACGUCAUUAACUCAGCAAAUUUAAAAUGUCAAUAAAUAACUUAAAAAUUGCUCAAAUAUUUUGAAAGUUUUACCAAAUCUAGGAAAAGUUAAUAUAAUUUUUUUGUCAAUAUUUUAAGUCUCUGUGAGUAUUUUAAACUGAAUUACAUUAAAAAAAAAAAAUUUAGAGUAACAAAAGAAUUAUUUUCGUAAAUUUGUCUGUUCUUUAUAGGUAAUUUUCGGUUUUGCUUAAUUAUUAAAAAAAACUACACUAACAAUUUUAAAACUAUUAAUAAUUAACCGCCAACUGGAUUAAAAAUGUGACAAAAAAAGUAUCUUGUCGUAUUUCGAUUGGCGAAAUGUACCUGAUAAAAAACAUUGGCUACAAAAAUAAAAACGACGAUGCCACGGUGCGCUGUAAAUAUUUUUCGUGUUUCACCCAUAAUUUUCUUUCGGGUUUUCCUAAUUAUUUCGAAAACUAAUUGAAAAAUUAAAAAAUUACCUAUCAAUGCACUUAUUAGAUAAAAUACCCUUCAGAUAUGGUGCUAUAGUCUAUACUUCGGAGCAAGUUUUCUGCUAGGCACAAAAAAUAGAAAUAAAAAAACAUACAUUAUAGUAAAACCAAUAAAUUUUUCUCUACGCUUCGAAUUAAAAAACAAAAUCUGACUAUUUUUACGUGCAAUAUACACAAUAAAAAUUAAAUUUCAUAUUUGAUAUGAAUUUAUUAAAACGGAUACUAUACAAUUAAGAAAAUAUUUUUUUAUCAUUUUGCAACUGUUAUUCAAUUUGAGAUUGUUUUAGAAAAAUUAAUAAUAACAGUUACUUCUUUACAUUUUUGUUUCAUAGAAUUGUGUAAUGCGGCGACAAUUGAUUGGGGGCAAAUUACAAAUGGAGUAAACAGCGACCAGAACAUCAUUAACAACAACGAGACCGGAAGAUGUCCUGGAUGUCACAAUAGCAGUUGUUUAGAAGAUAAAUGUUGGUCACAACAACCUGGCCCCGAUUCCUGUCAAUACGGCAAAUUGAAAGACUGUCAUCCUUUGUGUGCCGGCGGUUGCCAUCAAAACCACUCUGCUAGACAUUGUUUCGCGUGCACCGCGUACAUGCAUGGUGGUGAAUGUAUUCAAGAAUGCCCUUCUGGCUUGUUAGUAUUUAAAAUAAUUAAAAUUAAUAAUAAUUUUUUUUAAAUAAAACUUAAUUUCUAUACCUAGAUUAUAUGUUAAUAAUAUAAAUUAUUUGUUUAGCUAUGGUCAUAUCGGGUCGUGUUUAACCGAAGAAGAGUGUCGCAGUUUGCCCGUAUACCGAGAAGAAUCGACAUGGGACGAUUUGAAUUUUCAUUACAUGCCGUUUGAAAAACGUUGCAUUGAUGAAUGCCCAUAUGGUUAUGAAGUAACACCAGACAAAAAUAAUUGUAUGGUUUGUAGGAAAACAAAAAACGGAAAUUGUCAUCGUAAUUGCAAUAGUUUCAAGAUUAAUGACGAAAUGUUGACAAAGAAAGACGAGUAUCGUCUACACACCAAUUGCACGACUGUUAAAUCUUUAGAGAUUGAAGUCAAGUUUGGCUCUACUGAAGACAUAGAACAUAGACUAGAAGAUUAUGUUGGCAAAGUAGAAGUAAUCUUAGAUCAGUUAAAAAUCAUACGUUCAUAUUCGUUAACCUCUUUGAAUUUUUUUAAAAACUUGUACGAAAUACGUGGCGAAAAAACUGUUAAAAAAAUGGCUUUAGUAAUACGCGGUAACGAAAAUUUACAAAAAUUGUGGACUACCGAAGAUAACGAACCCCGCGAGGUGAAGAUAUUGAAAGGUACAGUAUCCUUUCAUUAUAACCCAAAGUUAUGUAUGUCGGAAAUAUAUAAAUUUGGAAAUUUGUCUACACUACCACCAUUCUCAGACAUCGAAGUAUCACCCAUAUCAAACGGGGAUCAAUUCGCUUGCACCAUUUACAAUUUAGUAGUAGAUAUUAUUAAAAUCCUACCGUAUUCUAUUGUUUUACGGUUGCAUAAACCCAUCGAAGUUGAUGACCUAGAAAGGUUUCUAGUGUAUUUUAUUGAAGCAGACAAAUGGAAUGAAACUAUCAAGACUACAGAGUGUGAAGAUUGCAAUUGGAAAAUCGAAGAUAUUAGUGUGAAAAAAACGGACAAGAACAACGAACCUGAACAAUACCACGUGAUCACUAAUUUAGAGCCGAACACGGAGUAUAUAUACUAUGUUAAAACUUAUACGAUUUCGUCCAAAACCAGUAUGAGUAAAAUAUUUCGUAGUAGAACACUUCCGUCGAAACCGUCUACUCCCGAAAACUUUUCUGCUAAACCGCUCUCUAGUUCUCAAGUGGAACUCAAGUGGAAACCUCCCUCACAUCCUUACGGUAAAUUAGUCAAAUACGUUAUUAGAGGAUUUUAUUUACACGAUAACCCAGUCGUUUUGGAGGAACGCAGUUAUUGUCAAAAUCAAACAUUUUUGGGCGACGGUCUUCCAUACAAAUCCGCAUCGAUUACUAAACCACUGCUCGUAAACCAGUAUUGCGAAGAACAAUGUGAGCCACAAAAAAAUAUCGUAAAUAAUUUGUGUAAUAGUUUACAGCAUAGUUUAGACAUCAAUUUGAUUCCGUUGAACAGUCGCAAGUCUGUGCUUGAAUCGUGUAGUAACUUUAUCGAUGUUUUCGUUGAAGCAAAAUGUAUGUCUAUGCAAACUAAAGAUGACCUGUAUUUUCAAAAUAAUAUAAAUAAGAACUGCACGCAAACGUGGUCAAUCGGUGGUGAGUCUAACAAAAAUUUUAAAACAGGAGUUAGUCGAGAUUACAUUAUUUAUGAGUUGGAUGAAAAUUACACAUCGUUUAAUAUUAGCGGACUUAGACAUUACAGUCAAUACGUAAUGACUAUUUUAGUUUGUAGAGAGAUUACCAAGCUAGAAAAACUUUCCACUGCUCCCCAGGAUCCUUGUAGUCAAGAGACGUUGUUGUUUUUCCGUACGUUGAAAAAUAAUCAAGCUGACGUUAUAGACGACCUCAAAGUCAAAUCGGAAGAAUACAAUCACACUAUUAAUAUAUCAUGGGAGGUACCGACUCUAAUAAAUAGUGUGAUACACAGUUUUCAUUUGGAUUAUAAAUACAAGGAUGCUAUUAUUUUUGAGUCCGUGUGCAUUACUAUGAAAGAAUACAUAACCGCAGGUCGUUCGUAUGUCAUCAGACAUUUAUUGCCCGGUGAAUAUCACUUUAGAAUCCGAGCGGUUUCGUUGGCUGGGGAGGGGCCUUAUACUGAGUUACAUACAUUUUACAUUUCCAGUUUCAAUACACAAGACUAUUUAAAUCUGAUCGUUAUAAUUCUCAUUUGUAGUUGUUUAUUAGUAUGGUUAGUCAGCAUCAUUAUCCGUAGGUACUUUAGGCGUAAAUUAGCCCGCCAAAUAAAUAAUAUUGAGGUAACUGAAGACCAAAUUUAUGUCAGUGUCUAUGUCCAGGAUGAAUGGGAAGUGCCUAGAGAAAAUGUAGUGAUAAACAAAUUAAUCAACAGAGGAAUGUUUGGUACUGUUCAUGAAGGUAUACUAAUGCCAAAUAACGUGCCUUGUGCCAUAAAAUCUAUGACUAGGCCAAACUUUACAAGGUAUUAUAUGGAAUUUAUGAAAGAAGCGGCCAUAAUGAAGAAUUUCAGUGAAGGAUACUUCAUAGUGAAAUUAUUAGGAGUGGUCACGAAAUCUGGACCACCGCUGUUGGUGAUGGAACUAAUGAGCCGUGGUGAUUUAAAAUCUGUAUUGGUGAAAUGUAAAGAAUUCAACGAACCUCCUCCUCCAACCAUGUAAAACAAUUACUGAUUAAGUAUUAACUUUCGAUUUUAAUUUUAAUUUAAUAUAUUUUAGGUAUAGGGUGGUUCAUAUGGCCGCACAAAUAGCUGAUGGUAUGGCAUUCCUAGAACAUCAUAAAUAUAUCCAUCGGGAUUUGGCAGCGCGGAACUGUAUGGUCACUAACGACAUGACUGUUAAAAUUGGCGAUUUUGGUAUGAGUCGACAAAUCUAUAAAGGUGAUCUUUAUUAUAGAGUUAGCGGGUGUGAUUUACCUGUACGAUGGGUGGCACCCGAGGGCCUCGCCAAAGGUAUAUUCGUCAGUCAGUCGGACGUUUGGAGUUACGGAAUUGUAAUCUGGGAAAUUAUGACAUUGGGUGAUCAGCCUUAUACGGACAAAACCAACAGCCAGGUCGUAGAUUAUGUCCUCAGGGGAAACGUACUAAACUUGCCCAUUUUCUGCCCUGAUAUAUUAGCCAAUAUCACUAAAUCAUGCUGGAAUUGGAGACCUAAUCAGAGACCAACAUUCACAAAAAUUAUCAAAACGCUCGAUGUUUAUCUGGAUGAUGAAUUCAGGUAGGUUUAUUUUUUUUAUUAAAAAUUCUAUGUCUUUAAUUAUAUUAUUAAAACAUAUUUUGCUACUUGUCUUUGUAUAGAUCGCACUCAUUUGUUCAUAAUCUCAGUAAAUCUGUUAAUCAGAAACCAAUGGCGCCAUUGAAAAACAAUGUAGCCAAUGAAAAGGUUAAUGAAAAGAGUGAUGACACUGUGGCUGAAUAA